CAGGGUGGGGAAGUGGAUGUGUAUAUAGCCCCUGCCUCCUGUCAGGCCCGGAGUAGACGCCAAGGGACAGCGACACUGAACAGCAGCUCUGCUCCUAGGCCACGUCAUGAAGCUGCUUGCAAUGGUUGCACUGCUUGUCACCAUCUGUAGCCUGGAAGGGGCUUUGGUUCGGAGGCAGGCAGAGGAGCCGGGACAGCCAGAUAUGGCGACCAUGGUCAGUCAGUAUUUUCAGGCCAUGGCUGACUAUGGCAAGGACUUGAUGGAAAAGGCCAAGGCCUCGGAGAUUCAGACCCAAGCCAGGACUUACUUUGAAAAUACACACAAGCACCUGACCCCCCUGGUUAAGAACGCCGGAGCUGAACUGAUGAGCCUCUUCAGCAAAUGGAUGAACCCUGAGAAAGCAGCUCCUGAUGCUGCUAAGUAAGGUGGUGCCGGGCACCUGUCCUCCUGCCCCAGAGCCAAUCCCUCUACCUUCUGCUGGUUUUCUACAAUAAAUGCGGAAGGAGUCAA